AUGGGGCACAACAAACCAAGGCGGUCCAAAAGCCAUCACCAUUCGCAUCGAGGAGGAGGGGGAGGACAAUCCAGUCGCACCUACCAAAGGGAGGACGAGUCUCUCCCAGUGGAACCAGAAGUUGAAGAGGAGCACACGGGUCCUAAAAUUGAGCUUGCCAUGUGGGAGUUGCGCGUUGGUAAUGGCUUCGGUGGCAUUGUUUUAAGUCCUGCUGGAAAGCAAUGUGUCUCAAAGGAAGAUUAUGGCUUAAUUAGUAGGAAAGGGUUAGCUGUUGUGGAUUGUUCCUGGGCACGCUUGGAUGACGUUCCUUUUGCAAAGCUGCGUUGUGCUGCUCCUCGUCUGUUACCAUGGUUGGUAGCAGCAAAUCCAGUAAAUUAUGGUCGACCAUGUCAGCUGUCUUGCGUUGAGGCCUUAUCUGCAGGUUUAAUUAUAUGUGGGGAGCAGGAAACUGCAAAUCUAUUGCUAGGCAAGUUCAAGUGGGGUCAUGCUUUCUUGUCCCUGAACAGGUAUUUUGUACUUUCUUCUUAUCAAUAA